AUGGCUCAUCGUGUAACCGGCAAAUCGGAGGCAAUUUUGCGCCUUCCGCGGUAGUAGAAACUGUCGUGUCUUCGGUGUCUUAUCCACCGCAACCUGGGACAGCGAAAAUCAAGAUGUUUUCUCAUGAUUUUGAAGCAUUUCCUUUAAAGAAGCAGAACGUCGAAGUGAAGAAAGGUAUCGGUUUGAUGGUGCUAUGUAAGUUAUUAUUUAGUUGUCACAAGAGAUGAAAGCUACCAAAACCCUUUGAGUGCAGAAUUAUCAAACUCAGGAAGAAAUUAAACACUGUUUGGCAAUCACACUAUUUCUCAAGAUGCUACAAGAUUUCAUAACCGCAGCAUAUACUUGUAGACCUCAAAUAACCGCAAAAGGAAUAUGCAGGAGGACGUGACAUGCCGAAACAUCUAACUUCCCAUGUGAAACCUCUGAGAACCUUUCUUUAAUCUUUUGAAGUCGCUAGCCCCAUCGGCUCGCUCCUUUUUUAAUUUUAUGACUGCCUGUUAUUUUCCUUGUUUACAUGUUACUUAGUUUCUUAGUAGCCUCAGAAAAAUACCAGACUCAGUAGAUUCUGUAUCGACAGUUAAUUGUUGUAUUGUGUGAAUGAAACCCUCAGUAUGUUUGGUACACAACCACACAACAGUAAGUUUCGCUUUUAAUUCGAUUUCAUUCCUGUUGAACAUCUCGUUUGUUUUGUUUGAUAUGUCCUCUUGAAAUAUUUGCCGUUGAGAUUGUAUGUUAUCAAAAGCCGUUUUCAUCCACAGCCACAUUAAUAAUAAUUUGCGACCUCAGAUCUCGCACAAUUACAGCCGCCGCGCAAGCGAAAGAUGCAGUCCGUGUUCGAUCUGUAACACAGUUGGUACAACAUAUUUUUUACUUCAAAAUUAACUGUGGGUUGAUGCAGUGUGGUCUUUUGUGGAAUUAGUAAAAAGCUCCAAAGUAGUGCACAAGUGAGUUAACAAGUAAAGUAAAGUACUCCCGAACUAAACAGCUUGAUUUUCAAUAUUUAUUUACCCGCUGUCGAGGGUCGGGACUGGGUUGUUCGUGAUAAAACUUAUGAUAUGAAGCCAACUGUCAAGAUUACAAGUAAACUUGAAGACGUUGCAUGAGUGCAUCACUUUUUUCUUUUUGUUAUUAGGCUUAAAGCGGAUAUUUUUUAACCCGAUAGAAGAUCAGAACUAUUAUCAGAUAACUCUUCCACGCUGUCUACCGCCAUUGUUGGUAGCAAUUCAAAUCGCGCUUCUGUGACUCAGCGUGUGACGUAUGAUCAUAGCUCUGCUCUGAUUGGAUAUUACUGAGAAGGCGUGAAAAAUAUUCCGCGAAAGCUAUUUCUAUAAAUAAUUUUUCGUCGGAAAGGGUUGACUCCAAGGGCUUAUAUGAGAGAUGGAGGCAAGUAAUCGGCUCCUGGUCCAGAUUCCGGACAGAUAUUACGUCAUCAGUGCGGAAUUUCUGUUGAUGCUCAACAAAUUCUUGGAGGCGUCGAAGGCCUUCAAUCUGACCAUCAGCCUCAGCAAAACCGAGGCACUGUACCAGCCUGCUCCAGACACCACAUCCGUAGAGCCAAACAUGAGCAUCGAUGACACGCCGUUGGCAAAUGCCGACAGCUUCAACUACCUCGCCUGGACAGUACCAUCUUAA